CAGUGCCACUGGAGCCGUCCUGCAGGUGGUGGCUGUUCGUACCCCCCAUGUCUCCAGCCCCCGCGUGUGUGUUUACAGUCAUGCGGACCAAGUGCCUACACAUCCUCCUGCUGACGGCGCUGACGGCGACGUCGGUAGUCCAAGGGGACAAACUUCCCAGUGGAGGACAACAUGAUGGAAGGCACAGCAGUGGCAACAGACCUGGACACAAUUCACAGACGCCGUCACAGAACUAUGGACUUCCCCAGCAGGGUUCCUCCUCUGGGUCUCACCGGCAGGGUACCCGUGGGUCAGGCUCGGCGGAGGGGCCAUCCAGCUCAUACAGCUCGAGCACCUUCCGUGCUGGAGAUGACGCCCUGAGCCCUCCCAGUCAGUCUUAUGAUUUGCCUCAGACCCCAUCUCCGGCUAGCCAGACCUACGGCGCCCCUUCGCACACUCAGACCCCACAAUCGAUUAGUCAGACAUAUGGGCCACCCCAGACAGGCACACAGACCCAGACAGUAAGUCAGACCUAUGGUACACCCCAAAAGACACAGACACAGACUCCUUCCCAGACAUAUGGAGCCCCCCAGUCGUCCGGCGGUAAUCAGAAUUACGAAGCGCCCCUUCAGACCUUAGGAGCGCCACAACAGCCCUCGCAAACUUUCGGAACACGGCUGGAGCCUCGAAAGUCUUACGGAGCACCCCAGCAGCCGUCACAGUCUUACGGAGCACCUAAGCAGCCAUCACAGUCUUACGGAGCACCCCAGCAGCCGUCACAGUCUUACGGAGCACCUAAGCAGCCAUCACAGUCUUACGGAGCACCCCAGCAGCCGUCACAGUCUUUCGGAGCACCCCAGCAAUCGUCACAGUCUUUCGGAACACCCCAGCAGCCGUCACAGUCUUUCGGAACACCCCAGCAGCCGUCACAGUCUUACGGAGCACCAAAGCAGCCGUCACAGUCUUAUGGAGCACCCCAGCAAUCGUCACAGUCUUUCGGAGCACCCCAGCAAUCGCCACAGUCUUCCGGAGCACCCCAGCAGCCGUCACAGUCUUACGGAGCACCCCAGCAGCCGUCACAGUCUUACGGAGCACCCCAGCAAUCGUCACAGUCUUUCGGAGCACCAAAGCAGCCGUCACAGUCUUACGGAGCACCCCAGCAACCGUCACAAUCUUACGGAGCACCCCAGCAACCGUCACAGUCUUACGGAGCACCCCAGCAAUCGUCACAGUCUUUCGGAAGACCCCAGCAGCCGUCACAGUCUUACGGAGCACCCCAACAACCGUCACAGUCUUACGGAGCACCCCAGCAGCCGUCACAGUCUUACGGAGCUAAACAACGAGAGCUUCAGGUGCCUUCUCAAGGUUAUGUGGGCCCACAACCACAAGCAUCUUCCCAGGGUUACAGAACCCCGCAACAAAACCUACAGACGCCCUCACAAUCUUCCGGUCCAGCACAGAAACCCUCACAGAACUAUGGACCACCUCGGCAACAGCUGCAGAAGCCUCCACGGAGCUAUGGAACACCACAGAAACCUUCUCAAUCAUAUUCAUCUCCCAAACAAACCCAACAGAAACCAUCGCAGGAGUAUACGCCUCCACAACAGAAUCAAAAUACAGGUUACGGAGGUCAACAGAACAACGGAGGGGUCUACGGUAAUGGAGAACACAUGAAGGGGAUGCCGUACGGGUUCGACUACGCUGUCAACGACAGGUACUCUGGAGUAGACUUCUCGCAGAAGGAGUCCUCGGACGGUGACGUGGUCACGGGCGAGUACAGGGUCCAGCUGCCAGACGGACGCCUCCAGAUUGUCACCUACACCGCCGAUCAUCACAACGGCUAUGUGGCUAACGUCAGGUAUGAAGGAGAGGCCCAAUACCCAAAAGGUAACGACAACGGUGGCAACGGAUAUGGCCGGCAACAGAACAACGGUGACGGGAGCGGUUAUGGCCGAGAACAGAGCAACGGCGGUGGCAGCGGUUACAGCGGACAACAGAGCAACGGCGGUGGCAGCGGCUACAGCGGACAACAGAGCAACGGCGGUGGCAGCGGCUACAGCGGACAACAGAGCAACGGCGGUGGCAGCGGCUACAGCGGACAACAGAGCAACGGCGGUGGCAGCGGCUACAGCGGACAACAGAGCAACGGCGGUGGUAGCGGCUACAGCGGACAACAGAGCAACGGCGGUGGCAGCGGCUACAGCGGACAACAGAGCAACGGCGGUGGCAGCGGCUACAGCGGACAACAGAGCAACGGCGGUGGCAGCGGCUACAGCGGACAACAGAGCAACGGCGGUGGCAGCGCUUACAGCGGACAACAGAGCAACGGCGGUGGUAGCGGUUACAGCGGACAACAGAGCAACGGCGGUGGUAGUGGUUACAGCGGACAACAGAGCAACGGCGGUGGUAGCGGUUACAGCGGACAACAGAGCAACGGCGGUGGCAGCGGUUACAACGGACAACAGAGCAACGGCGGUGGCAGCGGUUACAGCGGACAACAGAGUAAGGUCAGCGAUAAUACUUCAGGAAUUCAAGACGAUCCAAGAUACAGCAGUAGCUACAGUACAAACUAACGAGGCAGCAAUGUUUCCAGGAACACGAAGAACGUGUAGAGUCCGCCAUAUACACUAACGCACCUCACUCACACGAAGCACCUGUGUCAACACCAGUGUCUCACGAUGCAGUGAAACUAUUUACAGUUUCUGGCACGGUUACUAUUUAACCCGAAAACCUCCCAAGUCUCCAGCUUGGGCCGCUACUCAGGAACUCAUAAACCAAGGAUAUUAGGGAAUCCACAAGCUCUGCAUUUUUGGAAGGCAGGGUGAAGAUAAAGUCAUUUGGAUAAAUUCACAUUUUGUUCAAAGAUAUGUGGUGAAAUGUCUUUAAUUGUAAAGUUCUUAUUUCAUGCAGAACACAAAAUGAACUAAAUAGCCGUCUAACUACACUGACAUUGGCUUUAAACAAGCAAUGUUAAUACUACACUACACUACACACAGUGUACACUACACUACAGUAUUAAUGUAGUGUACUGUAGUGUAGUGUACACUACACUACAGUAUUAAUGUUAAUACUAGUCCAUGUACAUCAGGUAGUCAGGAAACUAUGUAUAUCACAAAAUAGUCCCUAUUCUUAUUAUGGAAUACAUUCCACAUAUUCUUAAGUUACGGUGCCAGUUUGAUACUGUGUUCAAACACGGUUGCAUGUUUCCCUACCCGGCUGCUAUGUUGCCAAAGAAACUUUAACAGUAACAUGUUUCAUUAAACAGCGUCAAGAGGUGUAUGUUACCUGAAGAACCAGGUGUUCCAAAGGUGUUGGGCUUUGCAAUGCUGUGCCAAUGGGAUGUAUUAUAUUUAUGGGUAUUGGACUUUAGGCUUGACCACCCAGGAAGUUCGGUGUUAGGCUUAUGGCCUGUAAACCUCUGUAGGUUUAUUAAAGCUACCACAAUAGCUUACUGACCCACUAGCAAGUAUAGCUUGGACCUGAACCUUGUUUAUGGUUGAAAGCUGCAGUAAACUCUCAGUGUAUAUGAGAGUGUAUACAGUGUAUAUACACCAAGUGGGAUAUACCUCUGUGUAUAGCUAAUGUUUAUAAGGUACGUAGUUUGGUUUGGUAUCGGGAUAAAGGCCUAUAUCAACCUCUGGAGGGUUAUUAAGGCCGCCACAAUACCUUACUGACCCAGCAAGUAUACUUUAAUCCUGAACGCUGUCCUAGGCUAAACUCUUACUGUACAUAGGUCGAAAAGCGCGGUACACUUGAAGGUGUACACAUCACUGUUCGUCUAUCACUGAUGCUGUGAUCUAUUUAAGAUUGAUGACCAGACCACACACUAGAAUGUGAAGGGACGACGACGUUUCGGUCCGUCCUGGACCAUUCUCAAGUCGAUUGUGAGAAUGCGCUCUCUUUAAGAUUCUUCUCAACUCCAUAGUCUUUACGCACCAGAUUACAGCUGUAUAGUAAAUUCUAAGUCUUCAAAUCCGGAGUAGUUAUGUAAACAGAACUAUUAAAUUAACAUUAUAUGGAAAAAUUGGCACACAGCAAACUCUGAAGGGUAUUUUCAACUGGCAAGUUAUAUAUAAAACUCUGCGGCUACAUUUUCAAUUCCUGGUAAAAAAAGAAAAUCAACAAUACUUAUGAGUGAGUAGACAGGAUCUGUCAGCUUGUGCUUAUAUAUAAAAUUACUAUUUACUGAUAGAUUAAUGCAUAUUUUAAUUAAUAUAAUUAUUAUUUUUGUAUUGCGUAGGAAUACUAAUUUAUAAUGUUUGACAUUUUCGUAAGACUUAUGGUACCGAUCUUUGAAAUGCCUCUAUUUUAUUAAAUAAAUAAAGUGCA